UCCGCCGCCUGUUGGUCUUUCACAGUUAGUGACGAGUAUUAUGAAAAUGGCCUCGACCCUACCCGUAAGCACGAAUAACCGGAGAAGAUGACGGCGCUGAGCUUUUUAAGUCAGUGGAACACCAAAGUGUCUUCUUUGAAUACGUAGGUAACAGUGAAGUGGACAAAAACAAAGAGACUGUCGGCAAAGAAACGACUAAAAAUAUCACGGACCACCGCAUAUUUUCGUAGGGCUGAGGAGCCACUAUGGAGGAUAUCAACUCAAAUAUCAACGCGGACUUGGAGGUGCGGAAGCUCCAGGACUUAGUGAAGAAGCUCGAACAGCAAAAUGAACAGCUUCGGAGUAGGUCUACGAUGUUGUCCUCGUCCGGAGCGAUGUCAGGGAACCACAGACCCCUCAGCGCAGGAUACGACUCGUCGUCCCUGUCAGCGGGGAUGGCAGCCGGUCUGGCCGGCUUCCCUGGGGUGGGGUUCGUCGGAACGGGAGGCUACGGUGGGCUGUUGGAGAAUAACCGCUGUUUGAGCCCCAGACUGUCUUACGACGGCAUCAGUUUCAGGAGGGCGUAUGAAUGUGAGGGGGCAUCGGCUGCCAUCUCUGUGUCGAGUAUGAACUCACUUUAUUCAGACACCACCGGGAGCUAUACGGAUGAAGGGGAAACAUCAAUCCUGGAUGAAGUGGAAAUCUUAGAUCUCGAAGACAUGGAUUGUCUAAACGAAGACGAGGACAGCUGGCUAUAUGAAACGAAACUGAACAGUCCCCUGCAAAAAGCCUUGAGUCCUAUUGUGUGGUGCCGCCAAGCUCUUGACAACCCCAGUCCUGAGAUGGAAUCAGCCAAGCGCUCCCUCAUCCACAGACUGGACCUCACCAUGUCAGCAAACAAGCGCAGGAGCCUGUAUGGAAGCCCCUACAACCAGCAGGGUUAUGGAAGCCCAUACAGCACAAACGCAGCUAACAGCCCUUACAGCAGUGGCUUCAACUCCCCCUCCUCGACCCCCAGCAGAGUGCCCAUCGUCAGACAGCAGCUAAUGCCUGGUAACGCAGUACACCAGCGAAAUGCAGCCGCAGAGAGGAAUCCUCCGGCGAUUAGUCCACAGUCAUCUGUGGACAGUGAGCUGAGCACCUCAGAAAUGGACGAGGACUCAGUGGGCUCCUCAACUACCUACAAACUCAAUGAUGUCACCGAUGUUCAGAUAUUGGCACGCAUGCAGGAAGAGAGUUUGAGACAGGACUACGCCGCAACAGCAUCCAGACGGAGCUCGGGUUCUUCCUGCCACUCGUUGCGGCGCAGCACCUUCAGCGACCAGGAGUUAGAUGCACACAGUCUGGAGGACGAGGAGGAAGCGGUGCACCCGGCCUUCCACCUACCCUCGAACCGUUUCAGCCCCUCCCCUCGACACUCUCCCCGUGCCUCCCCCAGGAAUUCGCCCCGCUCGCGCUCCCCUGCUCGUUCUAUUGACUACAGCCACAGCCGCGGCUCGCCUCAGCCCAUCAUCAGCCGCCUGCAGCAGCCUCGCCACUCACUGCAGGGCCACGGCCAUGACUUGCAGACCAAUGUGGUAAAGAAUGAAGAAAAGCUGAGGCGUAGUCUUCCCAACCUCACACGCUCCUCAGCAGCGGUGGCCCAGGCCCCAGAGCCCGUCAAGAACAGCCGCAGCUGCGAGUCCAAUCUGCAAGUGCCAAACGGUGGCUCUCCUCGACACCAGAGCCAGUCUGCUAUCCCCUCUCCCAGUAAACUGCGAACUCCUGCCACCCCAUCCCCACUGGCCUUGAGACAGCCUGUAAAGGCCACACCCAACCCUGGUUCUGCCACCUCCACCCCCACCCGCUCCCUGGCUCCUCCGCGCAGUGGCCUGCCCCGUCCCAGCGCUUCAGCAGGAGGGGGUAUCCCUCUGCCUCGCAGCAAAUUGGCUCAGCCUGUGCGCAGAUCUCUUCCUGCUCCUCGGACCUACAGCGGCACAGGUGACAACUGGAGAGAAGGUUGUUACUGAGGCAGGCCAGCAAGGGGCGCCCCAGUCAAACUAUCAACACAAGGAGGCAGACAUUACAACAUGGCACUUUAUCUAUCUAGAUAACUUUUACAGUGAUGAGAGAGAGAGAGAGACUAGGUCCCAAAAAUAUAUACAAUUCAGAUUUUUUUAAAAAAAGGACAGGACAGUGUCAACAUUGUGUCAAAGAGGGACCUCCCAUCAUGUUUCUCUGUGGGGACUGGCACUGGAGGGGUCAGGCAUGUAGUGCUGACAGCCUGUGAGAUGCCAAAGAAACCAGCCCGACUCCAGCUCCGCCAGCAGAGGACACAUCACCUGCCUUGGUUUGACUGCAGUCAUCAUCUGUCAGACAGUCAUAUCACUACAUCGCCCAGCUUUCCUCCCACUCCUUGGCCCCGUUCUUUUUUCACCUCCCUCAGGUUGAAAUGUUUCCACACAUUUCUCUCUCUAUGCUCUGUGUUUAACAGAUGUCGGUGAGCGAUCUCUAUGAUGAUGCUGUGCAGGUGAACUGUUCCAUAACGUUAGAGAAUUGUUGAUGUCUUGCAACAGUGAAAGCACCUCUGUGUGGGUAUGACAUUUUAAGAAUCUUUCCUCUUGUAAAAUCAGCCAGAAUGUAUGCACAAGUUUGUUUUGGAAAUUAUUUAUUCAAAUUAUUUAAGUGUAUGUCCAAACAUCCAUAUCAGUAUUUUGUUUUAAGAUUUCAAUUGUUUAAAAUGUACAUUUUGAACCUCAAUUGCAAGCUAAAUCUCCAAAGCCUUUUUUUUUGUUAUUUUCAAAAUGUCAAAUCAGGACUUGUGGGAAACCUGGGUGAUUAAUGACACCACGGCCAAAGCCUCAGUUCUGACUUGUACCACAGUUUGCCAAGAUUGUACUUUUCCAUUGAAGUGCUUCGAUUGGUCAGUUUCAGUCCAGGUGUGCGUUAUAUCUGAUGUCUCAAACAAACUCCAUCUAUUGAGAAAGAAACCUGAACUCAAAAAUAUAUUUAAUCCCCGUUCACCCAUUCAGCCAAUGAAACCAAGAAAUCUUUGAUGUUGUUCAUUAAAUUCCCAUAACAGAUUUGUCAGUGUAUAUCAUUCAUGCCAUGAACAAGAAAAAAAAAAUCGAAAAAUAUCUUGGGUAGGAUGACAAGUUAAAUUUUUGACUGGCUUUUACCUCUAGUGCUAUGACAUUAAAUCAAAAGGUGUGCCAGUGUUGGGAAAGCUGUUCUGGUAAUUGGUGUGGUGGGUGUUCUUAAACUAGUGCCUAUAAUUUAAAGUUUCACUUGUGUUUGAGCAUCAUGUUUUGUAUGUUUAUCAUUGUGCGCCAAUUUCUUGGGUUUGCCAAUAUAAUUUACAGUUUUGCAUCUCUGCUUGACUGGUUUGCUUGCCUAUUUGUUUUUUGGUAACUGAAUCAAUACAUUUAUAAUUGCUUUAAAAAUGUUUAAUAUGCGCCUUCAUAUUUAUAACUAAUUACUCAUUCUGUAAAUGAAACUAUUUAUUAAAGAGAGAGGUGCCUCUGUCAAAGCUCAGAUUCAGUGGGAAGCUAGAAAGAAUGUUGCAAAAAGACAUACCACACCUUUUGUGUGACAGUUUUUGUUAUUGAACUUUUUUUUAUAUCCACAAACAUGACAUUUGGUUUCCCUGUGUAAAGUCACAUUUCAAAUAAAAGCUGAAAAGUC